AUGGCUGUUUUGGGUCCGGGAAAGACGCCCUUCAACGUCGGCAAUGCACAAAAGCUCAUGGAUAUUAACACGUUCCACAACCGUGCUGGCCAUCUGUCCGAACCCGUUUUGAAAUUUUCCGCAAAGCAACACGGGAUCACCCUCACGGGGACCAUGGACAGCUGCCGUUGGUGCUUGCCGGCGCGGGGGACGAGGGCGCCGGUGCCGAAGCAGGGGGGCGGGUACCGCGGCAAGGGGGCGCCAAACGACGUGUUCCACAUCGACAUUUGUGGCGGCUACACGGCGACCAUCGGCGGCAACCACUACAUGCUCUUCGGCGUGAACGCCGCCACGGGCUGGAUGGUCUGCUAUGCGAUGCGGCGGAAGUCGGAGGCGCUGGCGGUCUUCAAGCGCAUGGUCGUGGACGCCGCUCACAAGGCCGGCACCGCGAUCAAGUGCAUCCGCUGCGACUGCGACGCGCUCUGGACCAGCGGUAGCUUCAAGGAGUUCUGCGCCGGCAUGGGGAUCGCGCUCGGGUACUCCCCUCCUGGCGUGCAGGAGUACAACGGCGUCGUCGAGAGCGCCAUCCAGGGGUGCCUGAAGGUGGCCAAGGCUUCUCGCCGAGCUGCCCAAGAGCUGCUUGGCCCUGCCGGAUUUUCACGCAUCCGUGGGCGAAGCGUACGGGGCGAUGAGCUCUGGGCGGAGUCCGCAAAAGACGCUGCGCAGAAGCUGAACCAGUCUGCAUGUCUAUCCAACCCAGGGCGUGCGUUGCCGCAGGAGCUCUACACCGGCAAGAAAGGCCCUUUUCGCUUGAUUCCGUUUUUCCAGUACGGUUUCGUGUGGGAACGGCCAGCGACCAAGAUGGACGACAGGGCCGUGCCGUGUUGUUUCCUCAAUGCCGGAGACAACCACGCCAACAUCACGGUCAAGGUGCUGAAGGAGAGGACCGCCCACGUCUGUUA